AUGUCCUGGAAUGAUGGGAGGCCUGGCCUCCAGCCCAGGGAGGUGGUUGUGGUCCUGGAGCAGUUCCUGCAGGAGGGCAGGCUGUCAGCACUGCUGUGGGAGGGCUGUCAGCAGCAGGCACAGGCUGCCUGCCCAGAGCUGCAGGACAACCUGCUCAACAAGAUUGUGUGUCUGCCUGAGCACGUGAGCAAUAACCUCCAGGGGAAAAACCCACCAGUCUUCUUCCCACAGAACUACUUCCCUCUCCUGGGGGGUGCAGUUCUCCAGGUGCUGCAGCAGAUCUCUGACUCUCUGCGAGGUGGCUUGGACUGCUCCAUCUCUUUUGUUUCUCAUGUGCUGGGGAAGGUGUGCGUUCAUGGAAGGCAAAAGGAAAUCCUGGGUGUUGUGGUGCCCCAGCUGACUGACCUCACCAGGGCUGACUGCAUCUGGCAGAGGAUAUGCUGGCGCCUGGUGGAGUGUGUGCCAGACCGAUGGAUGGAAGCAGUGGUCCUUGGCUUUGUGCAGAGAGCACCUGGGGCAGAUGUCUUGUCCAGACUGCUGGGGAACCUGGUUGUGAAGAACAAGAAGGCUCAGUUUGUGGUGACACAGAAGAUGCUGCUGCUGCAGUAUGGCCACACGACAGAAGUGCUGCAGAACCUCCUUGGCUACCUGUCCCUGGACAACCUCCGUCGUGCUUUGCUGCUCAGAGUGCUGCAGGAGCUGUUGGAGACCUGGGGCAGCAGCAGUGCUGUGAAACACUCCCCACCUGAGCAGCAGCUCUAUAUCAGCAAGGCCAUCCUCAUCUGCCUCUCCCACCUGAAGGAGACAGAAGUGGAGAGCUGCAGACAAGAGCUUCUCACCAGCAUGAUGGAGGGUGUGAAAUGCCACUUGGACAGCAGUUUGCCACAGCUGCGGCGCCUGGGAAUGGUGGUGGCAGAGAGCAUCAGUGCAAAAAUCAACACUGAGGGGCCUGUCCUGAAGUUUGAGUAUGAAGAAGAUGAUGAAACAAGAGAAUUGAAGUCCCUUCUGGUGCAGACUCCACCAUCCUGUGUUGUCCCCAGCCUUCCAGAGGAUGAGACUUUGUUCCUUGUCUCAGCCAAGCUGGGUGUGAGACUGCAGCAGGAACACAGGAGUGAGAAAACAGAUGUUGCACUGCCAUUGGUACCAGAAAGUAACAAGAAAUCCCAUACAGCAGCUCCUGUGGUGCCAGAUGAGGAGUCAGAGGCUGAGCUUGACAGUGAUGAUGAGCUCGUCCCUUAUGACAUGUCAGAGGACAAAGAGCUAAAGAUUAAGGCUCCUGUGUACAUCCGAGACUGUAUCGAAGUCCUGACAGGAUCUGAAGAUGUGGACAAAUGGGAAGCUACAGUCAAAGCUCUCGAGGGCUUGGUCCGGAAGAAUCCAGCAGCAACAAGAGAGGUUAGUGUGGAGCUGGCAAAAAUAUUACUGCAUCUGGAGGAGAAGACCUGCAUUGAAGGCUUCGUGGAGCUCCGACAGAGAGCCCAGGUGGCUGUUUUAACCACAGAUCCAAUACCUGUCACAAAGUACUUGACGUCCCAGUUCUACUCUCUGAACUACAGCCUCCGUCAGCGCAUGGACAUCCUCGAUGUAUUGGUUUUGGCAGCUCAGGAACUGUCCUGUCCCAAACUGCAUGGGAAGACUAAGCAUUCUGGUGCUCAAAAACCUCUUAUCCAACUCCUUCCUGGAAGUGACAGCUCUAAGGAUUGGAGAAGAAUUGUCGAUGAGAGGAUCCAAAGCAAGACUCGGAGAUUUGCUACGGGUCAGUCUCAGGUGGAAGUGGCUUCCAGCCCAAACAAGUUCAAUUCUGUUGCUGGGCACUUCUUUUUUCCAUUGAUCCAGCACUUUGACAGGCCUCUGACAACAUUUGAUCUCCUGGGGGAAGAUCACCUAGUCCUUGGAAGACUGGUCCACACUUUAGCAGUGCUGAUGUACUUGGCUGUCAACACUGUGGCAGUGACAGCAAUGGGGAAGGCACUGCUGGAGUUUGUUUGGGCUCUGCGUUUCCACACAGACUCGUAUGUGCGCCAGGGCCUUUUGUCCUGUGUGUCCUCCCUGCUCCUCAGUGUCCCUGGGGAGAGGCUGCUGGCUGACAUGGCAGAGGAGCUGCUGGAGACUCAGUCCUGGCUGGGAGAUGUGGUGGAGAAAGAUCCCAACGGGGACUGCAGGAGGUUGGCCCUGCACAACUUGUUGCUAAUGGAGAACCUGAAAAAGAAACUUGAAGCUGUCCCUUCCUAG